CCUAAUAUCUUACACUUUAGUCUCUGACUCGCUCUCGCGUCUCCUUCCCAAAAACGCACCGUUUCACUUACUCCAUGGAGACUUACUUUUCCACGCCGAUUCUCGACGAGGAAUCGUCGGGCCUUCUGAAGAUGAUUUCGGAGCACGGCGGCUACGCCUACGUCAGCAUGCUGGCACAGGCGGCGACUGGAGAUGCACGCGCUGCCGAGGCGGCGCGCGAGAUGGCCUGGGAGCAGCUGCACUCCGGGCCGUGGCACUCUGUGCUGCCGGUGUGGAGGGAUGCAUUCUCGAUGGCGUGCCUUCAUGUGGCGAGGCAUCAUUGCCGGGACGGGGAGUUCAAGGAGGCGCUUAGGGUUUUGGAUAUGGGAGUGAUCAUGGGAGGGCCUCUUUUGAGGAAGGAUUUGGACUCUGCUAUCGAAACGGUGUCGUUUAGAGCUAGAGUAAGAGAAGGUGAAAAAAAUGGUGAGCGCGCUGGAGCGUCGUCGGAGAAUGGAAGGAGAUUAGUCUCCGAGGAGGAGUUUGAUAAAGCUGAGCUUCUUCGAAUUUUGCCAAAUAGGUCCCUAUCUUGUAAGAUUGUGGUGAAGAGGUCAGGUUUAUCUCUGGAGGGAUUUCUGCGCGAAUACUUCCUCUCAGGUUCUCCAGUUAUAAUAACUGAUUGUAUGGCACAUUGGCCAGCCAGGACUAAGUGGAAUGAUAUUGAUUACUUGAAAAGAGUUGCUGGUGACCGCACAGUUCCAGUUGAGGUUGGAAAAAACUAUUUAUGCCCAGAGUGGAAGCAAGAACUUAUCCCAUUUUCCCAGUUUCUUGAGAGGAUUCGAUUGACUGGCAAUUCUUCCGAUGUCCUUACAUAUCUUGCUCAGCAUCCAUUAUUUGAUCAGAUUAAUGAACUUCGCAAAGACAUUUGUAUUCCUGAUUACUGUUUUGCUGGUGGAGGGGAGCUGAGGUCUCUUAAUGCUUGGUUCGGUCCAGUGGGGACAGUAACACCCCUGCAUCAUGAUCCACAUCAUAAUAUACUUGCUCAGGUUGUUGGUAAAAAAUAUGUAAGGCUUUACCCUGCUUCAUUGUUGGAGGAACUUUACCCAUACACAGAAACCAUGCUUUGCAAUUCCAGCCAGGUUGAUUUAGACCACAUUGAUGACUCACAAUUCCCAAAGGUGAAUGACCUAGACUUUUUUGACUGCAUUCUAAACGAAGGUGAAAUGAUAUACAUCCCACCAAAAUGGUGGCACUAUGUGCGCUCUCUUUCAAUAAGUUUGUCUGUCAGCUUUUGGUGGGGCAGUGACGCCGGAGGUUCAACCUCGUCCUGACACAAUAGUUCAUCAUAGAUUUAGAGUUGGGAUAAAUUUUAUCUGAUAUAUAUCUUGUUACAGUGAUAGUGUUAUAUAGAGUGACAUUGUUGUUGGUUGAUUAUAUAACCAACUGCAGAAUGUUUUCAGAAUAGAACCUUUAAACAUUUUUUCAGUAUAAUUUCGGCUUUCUGGACUUGAA